GCGUCGGCUUUUGAUAAAGAAAAGCAUCAACGGAAAUGUGACAUGCCAUAAAGAUACUCUCUUCAUCCGAAGCAUUAAAUGGGAUAAGAUUUACAUUUUUCAAAAUGUGACAAGAGGAACUAAGAAGAACCUGACCUCAGUAUAUAAGAUAAUCCAUGCCCACCCUUAAGAGAUACAUAAUGUGCUUUACUCUUCGAUUGAAUCGGCACAAAAAACUUGUUCUUUUUGCAAUUGUUGCUUUGACUGUCAUAUUAAUCCAUCGAUACAUGCAAAGUGACCAUUACUUGAUCGAGGAAUUUUCUUUCUCGUUACCACCGUCCCAGAAAUCAGGUCCCCACAACGAAGUACAUAAUCAAGGUCAUGCUAGAAUCACACAAAAAAUGAAGCAUGUAUCAGAGGAAGAAUCGCAACGCUAUGUCGAUUACAUGGCGGAAAACUUCAUCAUAAACUUCACAGUUAUCAGAAACACAGCAUCGUACGCAUUAAAGAAAAUUUCUCUCCAUAAUGUAGGUCAACUAAAAAUACCCUACUUUGUGUGGAGUAUAUACUUUUAUGACAUAACCUUCGUAGGGAAUAGCAGGUUUCCUUAUCCCAUGGGUCUGAGGUUAGAUAAUGCCGAACUUCUGAUUUUCCAUGAGGGUGGGAAUCUUUAUCGUCUACAACCAACGAAUAAAUUUCCACCAACUAUCCAUCCAGAUGACAGAAUUGAGGUUGAAUACGACGCGUAUGGACCUCAUGUUUCUCGUUAUUUUUCUUUUCCAAACUGGUUUGUCUCAUGCCCCACAUGUGCCCCUAGAAUUUUGAAAUGCACACAAGGUGAAAGUUUGGAUUUUGUCGAAAAGUUGUCUAAAGUGCCGCAGUUGAAACGAUUUGAGAAUGACCUACAUAAACCUUUUACAGUAAACGACAGAUUUAAAAGGAAUUCAGCCACAGGUAACCUACGUAAACUUCCCAUGAAUUCCGUCAUCCCCACCCCCCUCAAGGUUGAGGGGGGCGAUGGGGAUUCACUUCUUGUAACUACCGGUGACUGGGUUAUCAAUGCUCAAGAUUUUAAAGAGGAGGCCAAACUGCUUGCUGAAUCCCUCCAGUUAGACAUGAAGAAAACAGAAGCAGUCUCAACUGUCAUAACUUUCAGCCGCACUAAAAUCAACUUACCUACGGACUCAAAACUUUCUCUAUCAGAAGCCUACGAGAUUUUGAUUGACCCGGAUUCAGACACAAUCCAGAUAAAGGCAAAUUCGGAACCCGGAGCAUUUUACGCUGUACAAACACUUUUCUCACUCAUGGAGAAAGAGCAGGACAAGAAAACCAGGUCGGUGGGGUAUCGCUUUCCUAAAAUUAAGAUCACAGAUGCCCCUCGCUUCGAGUACCGAGGACUGAUGUUGGAUGUAAGUCGUAAUUUUGUCACCAAGAAAGACAUCUUGAAGCUGCUAGAUUUGAUGGCGAUGUAUAAAAUUAACAAGUUCCAUUUCCACCUGACCGAUGAUGAUGGUUGGAGGUUUGAAGUCCCCCAGUUUCCAGAGUUAACAAAGUUUGCUGCUAAUCGCUGUCAUGACCCGUCCCGCAAAGUCUGCCUCCCACCAUCAUUAGGAUCUGGUCCAUAUACUAACACAUCCGGAUCUGGUUACUACUCCGUCCAAGAUUACAAAGAGAUUUUAAGGUAUGCCAAAUCCAGGCACAUCCAGGUCAUUCCAGAGGUAGAUGUCCCGGGUCACGCCGGGUCAGCAGUCAAGGCCAUGGAACUCCGAUACAAGAAAACAAAAGAUGCUAAGUAUCGUCUCACAGAUCCAGAUGACCUAUCCAAAUACAGAUCUGCCCAAGCCCAUACAGACAAUGCAGUAAAUCCUUGUAUCGAUUCCACCUAUGAAUUCUUCAAGGUCAUUCUACUUAACCUUCAUGACAUGCACAAGGACAUUCAACCUUUGACCUAUUACAUGUUGGGUGGGGAUGAGGUCGCCAAAGGAGCCUGGGAGAGAUCUCCGGUGUGUGAGAAAUUCAAAAGGGAUAAGGGACUGAUGGGUUACCAUGAUUUGAAGAAGUAUUUUUUCAAGAGGCUAGUGAAUGAGCUGAAACUUAAGGGCUUGAAUGUUGGAUUAUGGGAAGAUGCCGUCCUAAAUGAUAAUCAGGAACCUCAUCCAGUGGAAGAGAGCAAAAAGGGAAAACUCUAUACAUACAGCUGGACCAACAUCUGGGAAUGGAAAAAAGGUUCCUUGGCUUAUAAACUCGCCAAUGCUGGUUACAAGGUGGUGAUGUCCCCUGCUACAUACUUUUACUUAGAUCACCCCUAUGAACCUGACCCUGAGGAGAGGGGUCUGUACUGGGCCACGAGGUACAUAGACACUCAGACCGUCUUCAGUUAUCAGCCAGACGAUUUGUACCGGAACAGAGGGACUCAGCAUAACGGGGCCCCAAUGACAGAUGAUAUUUUGUGCUCAGGGGGCUGUCCCCCCUUAAAAGAACCUCAGAAUAUUAAAGGAAUCCAGGCUGACUUGUGGACGGAGACUAUCAGAAAUGUUGACCAGAUGGAAUAUAUGUUGUUCCCACGAUUACUAGCCCUGGCAGAGCGAGCUUGGCACAAAGCACCCUGGGAAAACAUCAAAGACCUGACCAGACGGAAUCUGAAGCAGCAGACAGACUGGGAGGUGUUCGCCAACAAAGUGGGUCACAAAGAGCUGAGGCGAUUGGAGGAGAAGAGGGUCAAGUAUCGCUUAGAUCUUCCUGGGGGAAGAUUCAGUAACUCAAUUUUGGAAGUAAACACAAUUUUCCCAGGAACUCCUACUGAAUACAGCUUGGAUGGGGGAAAAACAUGGAAAAAGUAUGACCCAGAAAUUUCAACUAAACUCCAACACAAAGGCAGCAUCUUGUUGAGAUCUUCAUCAUUUGAUGGGAAAAGGAAAAGCAGAGUUGUGUCAGUGGAUUGAAAAUGAAAAUGAUGUCUUUUCGUCUUCUGUUUAUGUAAAUUUGAUUAAUUAUGUUUAAUGGUGUUUGAUGUUAUAAUAAUGUUAUGUUCAUCUCAUCUUGUAGUAUUUAUUGCCAAAAAAAAUGUUUCUUUUUAAAAAUGAACCUAUGAUAUAACAGGGUAUACCCUAGCUGUAAUUUCUAUCUAUGUUACUUUGCUCUCCAAGGGUAUAUGAAUAUAGCUAUUUUGUUUUGGAUUCUGUUCUUUUGAUCCAAGUUACAUGCAUUAGCCAUUGAGGAAUGAAGAUGGUUUCAUAAUACCAUGUGUAUCUAUUUGUAUAUGGUAAUUGUUAAUUUUAUUUUCUAUAAUUAUAUGAUGAGAUUGGCCAACACUUUAAUGAUGUAAAAAAAAAAAUCUCAGUAAUAUUUUCCUACACUAUUCCUAUUUACAGGCCUGUGUUUUUUAAGAUGCAAUGCAUUUAUAAAGUGCCAUAACCAAGGAUUUGUAGAACUUGCCAAAUAUCCAUGCUCUGUAUUCAUAAACAUUUAUGUGGGAUAAUAAUAUGUAUCAGAUGUUAUUGUAAAUUAAUUAAUAAUAAUUAUUGAUUAGCUGCUGUACAUGUAAUGUACUUAUUUAUUUGGUAGUGGUACACAUGUAAAAUUUAAUGGAAUUCUUUCUUAGUUUGAGGAAGAAGGAGAGAAUGUUAUGUACAGUAAAACACAUGUACAGUUAUAGCGAAGUACGAAGGAUGUGCAAUUUAGAUUUCUUAACGUACAUGUAAUUCAUUUUAUUCAUUAAGAUUAGAAAGUGUUUUGAAAACAUGGGGAUUAAAAAUCACUUUUCUGUAAACAUGAAUUCAUUAUAAGUUUGUUUGCUAGAAUUGUAUUUUACUGUAUUUCCUUAUUAGACCUACAUAGAUACAAAAUUAACCCAUAUAUAUUUUUUUCAGUUAUUUAUAACUCAGUAAUUCCUAGUUUUCUUUUUGAUCUAUGAAUGAGUUGCACAUACAUGUGUAAUCUGCUUGGUUAUAAAAAAUUAACCUUUUGUCUUCCCACCUUUACACAUAACAGUAUUUUUAUUUUUCAUAGAUUUUUUUUCUUUUUUUUCCCACAGAAUUAUUAAAUAAUUUGAAAAAAAUAAAAAAGGUGGGGGAUUGAGAUUUUUUUUUUCACAUUUAGGAAAAGAAGAAUUCAAUUCUUGACUUUCAUAUGUACUUUGAUAUACUGUAUAUUUUGUGUGAAAUAAAUUGACAUUCCAAUUAUUUUAAUAUGUAGAUCUACAUUUGUACAUGCAUAUAUUGAUUGACAACACUUGCAGAGAUUUUUUUCUCUAUAUGAAUUCUAAUCUUUCAUUACAAUGUGUUUGUGUUAUUUAAACUUCUGUGUGUGUGUGUGUUUGUUAUUUGAAUUUACUAAAUAUUUCAUCACUGUUUUGGAGAUGUACUGUGUACAUAUUGUAUUCACCAAAGAAACACUUAAUUUCCAAAAAAAAAAAAAAAGAAAAAAGCAAAUUGAUUUUCUGAUUUUUAUGUGUUUCAUGAUGGAAAACCUGAUUUUCGAUUGUCUGAAAUUGUUGUAAAUAAUAUAAUUUCCUUAAAUUAAAUAUGGCAAUUCACUUUAAAAUAUCCAUGGUAUUUGAGAAAUCGGAAUUUGAAAAAAUCAAAGUUCAACUGUACAUAAUUAUACAGCUUUUUAUCUAAGGUGUCAUUUUUUGUAUCAUAUUAAUGGUUCCCAUAUGUAGAAUUCUAAGGUUAACUUCAAAUUCACUGAAUGUUUUUCCUGUAUAUAAUAUUGGAAAUGUAGUAUAGAAAUAUAAUUAUACUCACUGCCUUACUACCUAUGUAAUCGUCCAUGUAAAAAAAAAUAUUGUAUUUCGAUCAUAUCAAAAUGUUUCAUGCUCAUAAUCUGGUACUUAAAAUGUAUCCUCACUGAAAACCCCUCCAUUUUUACCUUAUGGUCCAGUAAUGAAACUACAUUGUAAGCACUUAAGAAAAUGAUGGAAAAUCAAGAUGUUAUUAACAGCCCCUUAUCAAAUAUGACUGUAAAUUACUAGUAUGUCAAAAGGGUAUCAUAUCCCCCAAUCCUUCAGAAUUAAUGGGGAAGAGGUAUUAUGAUGGGGUAAUGACCUAAGCUUAAAAAUAAUAUUAAUAGGUGAAAAUUUUGUUUUUACGUAAAAAAAGAAAAUAUUUUAUAAUUUUUUUUAUUUUUUUAAAUAAACCUACAUAUAUGCUGAAUCCUGCUUAUCUAGAUUCACCAAAAGGUUUUGUCAUGGUAUUGAUGCUAACGCGUUCUCAGUUGCCUUGAAAAAUAUCUUUUACAAUCUGCAGUCAAACCUCUUUAUCUCGAACUCGAUGUGGGUUAGAGAAAGGUUUGUGAUACCCAAAGAUUCGAGAUAUUGAGGUUAAAAUACAUGUAUAUAUUACAAUCGGAUGAGAUUUGCAAUUCACUGACUUAACCAUGGUAUUCGCGAUAUCGAUGUUCGAGAUACCGAAGUUCAACUGUAUUUCUAUAUAAUUCCUGGAAAGGCCAGCAUGCAUUAAAGUGCUUGAACUCUAAUGCAGUGCAUUUCUGAUGAUAAAAUUUGCCAUUUCAAUACCUGUUAUAUAUAUAAUAUUCUAAUCUGAGUUGGACAGGAAAGUGCAGCUGCAGUUAAUUAUUAAAUUUAACUGAACUGAUCUAAUGUCUGUAUAAAUUGUAUUGGUUUUCUUGUGCAUGUUUUUUUUUAACAUUUUGUAAAAAAAAAAAUAGAAUUAAAAUGUUUUUGUCAAAGAUUUUUUUUUUGAAAGCUAGAUAAGCUUGUACAUGUAGUGUUAGACUAUUUUGUUUUAUUUGACAUAUAAUGUAUCUGUGGUUUAUUACAUUAAAGAGGAAUAAAGGUUUUGAAAAAAAA